GUUUUCUGCUAUUACCGUUUUUCUUCUCUUACCAAUUUGGAAGUAUACGCCGCCGUUUUCCUUGAAUUCGAUCGCCUGUCACCGGAAUUUAUCGCCGAUUUUCCGACCGGAAUCCUGAAUUUCCGCGGGAAGCAGUUCGACCGACGCUUUAUUAGCCUUGCUUGUCGUCGGAUUUUUUGGCGCCAGAAUUUCACAGUAGUCUUGCCCUAAUUCUGGUGGAAUUCGGAAAAGCUCUUGCGGGUUUCGCUUCGCAAGCUAAGAACAUGGGACAAAGAAGAUGGUUGCUGUUAUUGGCAGUUUUUGCUUGUCUGCUUUCAGUCUCUAGUGGUAGAGUUCUCAAGAUAAAGACAGAAGAUGAUCGCCCUCUUUACAACCAUAGCCUUGCCAGAAUACUUGUGGAGUAUGCUUCUGCAGUGUAUAUGUCUGAUUUGACAGAACUCUUCACUUGGACAUGUGAUAGAUGCGACGGUUUGACGAAGGGUUUUGAAGUAAUAGAGCUAAUAGUUGAUGUCGAGCACUGCUUACAGGCAUAUGUUGGGGUGGCAAAGAAUUUGAAGGCUGUUGUUAUUGCCUUUAGGGGCACUCAAGAACACAGCAUGCAGAAUUGGGUCUCGGACUUGUUCUGGAAACAGCUCGAUUUAAACUACCCUGACAUGCCGGAUGCAAUGGUGCACCAUGGCUUCUAUAGUGCUUAUCACAAUACGACAGUGCGUCCUGCGGUUUUGAAUGCAGUGAAAGAAGCGAAGAAAUAUUAUGGAGACCUCAAUAUUAUCGUGACCGGUCACUCGAUGGGAGGAGCCAUGGCUGCAUUUUGUGGACUAGACCUCGUUGUGAAUGGAGGAGAAGAAAAAGUGCAGGUUAUGACAUUUGGACAACCUCGUGUCGGGAAUGCCGCCUUUGCGUCUUACUACAGCCUGCUUGUACCUAAUACCUUCCGGAUCACACAUGACCGCGAUAUUGUGCCUCAUCUGCCUCCAUACUAUUAUUAUUUUCCUCAGAAAACGUACCACCACUUCCCGAGAGAGGUAUGGCUAACAGAGGCCGGAUUCGGGAAUCUGGUUUUUUACGGGGUGGAAAAAAUUUGUGACAACACGGGCGAAGAUCCCACGUGCAGCAGAUCGGUCAGGGGCACUAGCAUUUCCGACCACUUGACGUAUUUCGGAAUCAAGAUGGGCUGUGAGAAGUGGAGAUCAUGUAACAUAGUGAUGAACCCUCCUCCGGCCGAGAGUUACAGCACAGUGGACGUAAAGGGGAACAUAGUUUUGUCGAGGACACUUGCUUCUCCGCAGGUACUGGAACUGAAAACUCUGUCCGAAACUUAGAAAGUGGAAAGUGUCUUAAAGGAGUUAUGUUCGUUAGGUUAUAAUUAAAGUACACGCACGAGAUGUUUGCCAAUAAACAAACAAACAAACAAAAAAACACAUGGAAAUUGAGAUGUGGAUGGGGGGGAAAAGGGUUCUUUGAUUCAUUGUUGUGGGGAAGAAUGUGUGUAUAAUGAGACUUGGAUUAUAUAGACUCUGUAAAUAUUGUCACCGUGUAAGUAAAUAACAUCACGUCUUCAAGUAGGUCUUUUCUUUCUUGUGAAUAUAUAUGUAUGUAUGUUUAUGGAUCAAUAAGAAUGAAUGAUUUUUUUU